AUGUUUCAAGGUCGAAGUGCUGGCAGCGUCAUUAACAAGGCGAAUGAAAUUUUCAGUGACAUGGAGGCCUUUACCCUUCUCGCCGAAGACCCGACGAAAAAGCAAGCCGCAGCCAUCAAAAAGAAGGUUAAUGAGCUCGCUCGUCUGAAUGUUAUCAGUCCAGAUGACUUCAAGAGGAUGAUGCUCAGUGAUCCUCAUAUUGCACACGCGUAUGGCCUCCCAAAUGUGCACAAAGUCGAUGUUCCGCUGAGGAUUAUAGUGCCACUCAUCGGACCACCCACUUACAAUAUAGCUAAGUGGUUAUACGAUCAUCUGAAGCGGCUCACUCAUGGAUCGGACUACAGCAUUAACAGCUCUCAAGCAUUCCUCCGCAGGAUACAAGACCUCAAAGUAAGUACUGAUGAAUGCUUCCUGUCCUUUGACUUCGGUGCCUUGUUUUCUUCCAUACAACACGAUUUGGCAAUUUAAUGCGUAACCCAAUGCCUACAGAACAAUCCUAUUGAGAUGCCAACGCAGCAUGUUAUCGAACUGCUAAACCUUUGCCUUAGGAACUAUUGUCAAUUCGAUAAUAAGUACUACCAACAGGUAAAGGGAACGCCGAUGGGCUUACCCAUAUCAGAACUGCUCGCCGAGCUAGUGUUGCAGCGACUAGAAGAGGUAGUUUUCCAAACUAUCAAGCCAACACUAUGGCUUCGCUACGUUGAUGACACCUUUGUCAUAAGAAGGACCUGCGAGGUCGAACGGCUUCACCACAGACUUAAUGACGUCUUCCCAGCCAUACAGUUUACCCGCGAAGAGGCAAUUGGAGACAGCUUGCCGUUUCUGGACAUGAGGAUACAGAAGUUGAGCGAUGGUAGCCUAGCAACAAGCGUCCAUAGGAAAGGCUCUAAUUCUGAGAUUAUCCUGAACUAUGGAAUCAACCACCCUGCAGCUCACAAAAGAAGCUGCGUCCGAACUCUGUUCCACCGGGCCUACCGUUAUUGCAACAGCAACGAUCUCCUGAACAAAGAGCUUGCUCACCUGUAUCGGUUAUUCCGCUCUAACGGUUCAGCUUUGUAAAAAACUGCCUCAGGCACCAGACACACUCGCAAGACCCCACCCCCAACGGAGAGAUUGUGACGCGAAAAUUCUACUCCUUGCCAUAUAUGCGUGGAACUUCUGAAAUAAUCGCCCGGCAGUUCAACCGCUUGGGUAUUCACGUUGCCCACAAACCGGCAUGUUCACUACGCGCAGCACUAUCUCGAGUGAAGGAUCCAUCGCGUGCGCUAAUUGCUCUUGCGUGUAUGUUGGCCAUACGGGUCGACGCAUGGGCACCCGUAUCUAUGACCACAAAUUAGCCAUCCGUCGGCGAGACCCCCUGUCCCUCAUCGUUGCCCAUGCCAUCUAGUUCGACCACCGAUUUAAUUGGGAUAGCACUGAGGUCGUCGCCAUGACAAACGCAAAGCGUGCGAGGGAAUUCCUCAAGGUCUGGUACUCCAGUGCGGGUAGUAUCAACCGCAAUGUUGACUUAGGUGCCUAUUACGAGGGUCUACGUUCACGACUGACUGGCCCCUGCCCUAAUCACGCAUCAACGACCGUGGAUACAGCCGCCCGCAUUCCGACAGAUCCACCACCCACCCUCCCCCUCCAGCACGGUGUGCCGUAG